AUGAGUGUCUCCGAAAGCACAACACGCCAUCGGUGGAAACCACAUCUUCACCCUUUCAAAUUGCAACAACAACAGCGCCCUCCUAUGCUCCCGAUGCGAUCAUAUUGCACAGCGGAAAUUAUUCAUCUCAGCCACGCAUUAGACGACUCCCUACAGCCUCUACCGCCGCUGUCCUCGGCUGAUUACCAACUGGGAACAUUGUCCUGUGGUGUCCCGAGACGCCAGACCUUGCGGCCUGGUGUGCCAACCUUGCCACCAGCCGAACGCGACAAAUUGGGUGCAGCCUACGCACAGUGGACCGGCUGUGUAAACUGA